AAGGAUCGGUCGAAACAAUGCUUACUGUUUCUCAGCGAGACGACGAUGGGGAAGACGACUUAGAUCCGACCAAGAUGCUCUUACUAGAAGAGAACGGAGUCAAUGGCGGGAGUUCUUCCCCCGUGCGCGACGGAGCACCGGAGCAUCAGCUGCACCAGCAGCACUACAUCCGCUCGAUCGAGUCAACGGUCGUGAUUCGCCAGCUCCCGUCGCAGGGCCUCUCCUUCCAGCUAUGGCCGGCGGCAACCACGCUCGUCACGCUGCUCGAUAACCCCCGCCGUGACCCUAGCCAAAGCCCUCUCACCGAAACGCUCAAGGCGUUGUCCUCCAACGGCGCAGAAUCUUCCACGUUGAACAUCCUCGAGCUCGGAUCUGGCACCGGAAUCGUCGGAAUCGCGGCGGCCGCCACGCUUUCUGCUGAUGUCACGGUGACGGAUCUCCCCCACGUCAUCGAGAAUCUCUCGUUCAAUGCCGACGCUAACUCCGACAUGGUGGCUAGAUUCGGAGGGCGUGUCCAUGUGGCGCCGCUGCGGUGGGGGGAGGCCGGUGACGUGGAGCUAAUUGGCCGGAGAUUUGACCUAAUCCUUGCGUCGGACGUUGUAUACCACGACCAUCUUUACGAUCCUCUGCUCGAAACGCUGCGUUUGUUGCUGCUGGGAAGCGAAAAGAGAAUGUUGGUGAUGGCUCACCUCAGGAGAUGGAAGAAGGAGUCCGUCUUCUUCAAGAAAGCUCGGAAGCUCUUCGAUGUCGACGUUAUACACUCCGACGACCCUCUCGAGGGUUCCCGAAUUGGCGUUGUAGUUUACCGGUUCGCCCGGAAACGCCGGAAACAGAACUCCGGUUUAGGAAAACACUUCCCCUGAGUUUUUUUUUUUUUGCAGUUUUUCCUCAGAAUAUGUCAAGUGUAUGAUGAAAUCCACAUGAAAACGAUUGGUUCAAUCUUGUUCAGUGGUUCAAUCUUUGUGAAGAUGCUUCAUCAAAUAUA